AUGUUGGACUUGCCACCAGUACCCACGCCUAUUCCGCUCAACGUUCUCAUAGUCGGUGCUGGUCCGGCGGGCUUAGCCACGGCCAUCUCAGUAACACUUGCAGGGCAUAACGCGACGAUUUUUGAGUCUUCGGAUCAGCCACAUCCAUUUGGUUCUGGUUUUCAGUGCUCACCCAAUGGAACGCGGCUUCUCUUGAGAUGGGGUCUCGAAGAGAUCCUGAAACCAGUGGCUUCGUCGCAUAAGCUCCUACAAAUUUAUGACAUCCGCGGGAAACUAAUCCUCCAGAAGCGAAACCACGAGGGUGAGUUUUCACAGCGGGACGGAUCUCCGCUGUGGACUUUUCACCGUGUCGACUUCCAAGCUGGUCUGCUCCAAAGGGCGACCGAACUCGGGGUCCGAGUACAUUAUUCGGCCCGCAUUACAGAUCUCGAAACUUCCAAGCCCGAGAUCCGUCUCACAAAUGGACAAACGCAUCGUGGUGACCUUGUUGUAGUCGCUGAUGGAACAUGGUCAACACUUAGGUCCAAAGUCCUUGGAAGGGUGAUCAGGCCGGAGCCAACCGGUGACUUGGCGUAUCGCAUAACCAUUUCUAGAGGACAGAUACAGGAUGAAACUGUACGGAAUUCGAUGCAGUUGCCCCAGAUCCGGACUUGGAUUGCACCAGGUGCUCAUGUUGUGGGAUAUUCCAUGAGAAAGGGCACGCAAUACAGCUUGUUAUUGCUGCUACCUCAUGCUUCAAGCAAGGAAACCGGAAACAUGGCUGCGAUCGCUGAAGAGAUGAGAAAGCGUGCUGAAGGUUGGGAUCCUACCUUGACAGCCAUGCUAAAAUCCGUGCAGAAAGUGAACAAAUGGUGUUUGGUUCAAGGGGCGAACACAGUUCCUGAAUUAACUACGCUGGUAUCCCCACAAGCAACGUGCGUACUCGCAGGUGACUCCGGUCAUUCCAUGCGUCCCUUUUUAGGGCAGGGCCUCAGCCUAGGUCUAGAGGAUGCAGGAACGCUCGGUAGUUUACUAGCUCAUGUGGAGAAUCCAAGUCAGCUUCCUAAAGCACUUUCGCUAUACGAACGCUUGAGAAUGUCUAGGGCCAAGAGUAUACGCCAGGAGACUGGUAGGCUUGCGACCUGCUCGCAAUUCGAGAACGCAGAGCCCUACGCAGCCGCCACCACCGAAAUAGCAUCAAGUCAAGAAUACGGCAACAUGUACAAAAGGGCACACACAAAGGCGCAGGAAUGGAUAUGGUCAUACGACGCGUACGAAGAGGCCGAAAGGGCAUAUUUAAAACAUUCGUACUAA